UUCAUCAACUUUGACCUCUGUUUAAACUGAUAAGCAUUGCACUUUCAUUUCAAUGUUAGACAGUUGUCGUGUUUUAGUUAUAACCGCAAGCUUUUCCAGUAUCCCGUUAUAGGUUUAAUCAUAAAUGAAAUGAAGCUUGUUUCAAUUAUCCUAUGCCUUUGCGUAGGACAAGCUAUUUCUGAAUUGUUCCAAAAUGGCGAUUUUGAGAGUAAUCAAUUUAGUGGUAACUGGCAGUGUAACUCGUGUAAUCUGUCCUUGACAAACGACCACGUGAAUGGACAGCACAGUGGAAAGGUAACUCAACGCCACGCAACAUGGGCUGGUAUUCGAUAUGACGUUCAUGUGACAACGGGAAAAAAGUAUGUGAUCAAAGGAUUCAUCAAGUUACUUAACAAAGCGCCAGGCUCUAUGUACCACAGAGUACAAGUGAUGAUUAAUGGAGACGCGCAAGGUCAUACCCAUUACUUCACGGUAUCUGAAGACAGGCAUGUUCAACAGGAGUUUGGUUGGACGGAAAUCGGAGGCGACUUUAUGCUUACAACCCGAGGAUUGAAUAGAAUCACGAUCUAUGUUCAAGUUGAUAAUAAGGAUGUUAAUUAUCUGAUUGAUUCCAUGAGUCUCAAGGAGCUCCCGACCGAUUCUGACUGGAAAUCCGAAGCUAAUGCCAGGAUAGAGACAAUUAGGAAAUCUGACAUCAAUGUCCAAAUUACGAACGGACAUGGAAUAGACACUUCAAAUCUACAAAUAGAGCUGAAGCAAACGAAGAAUGCCUUUGCAUUCGGUACAGCUAUCAACGCCGAUGCCAUCCAUGACCCAGCCCAAACAGGCUAUCAGGAUUUCUUUUAUAAUAACUUUGAAUGGGCAGUUAUAGAAAAUGCACUCAAAUGGAGACUGAUGGAAUGGACGCAGGGACAUGCCAACUUUGAUAGACCAAUGGCAGCUAUCAAUGCAAUGCGUUCUAGGGGCAUCAAAAUCAGAGGUCACAAUAUGUACUGGGCUGCGGACCAGAGUGUACCAAAGUGGUUAUCGCCCAUGUCGGAACAACAACUUCUACAGGCAAUGCACACACAUCUGAAUGAUAUGAUAUCACACACUAGAGGAAAAUUGGAACAUUGGGAUGUAAACAACGAGGAUAUACACGGAAACUAUUUCGCCCGACACCUAGACAACCCGAACAUAACACAAGAUAUGUUUCAAUGGAUGCAUCAGGCGGAGCCGGGUGUCAAACUUUUCCUGAACGACUUCAAUGUUGUCAGUAGUCAUUUCUCAACAACGGCAUAUAAAGAGCACGUUAGACGAUUUAAGGACGCUGGAAUGCCAAUAUAUGGCGCAGGGAUCCAAAGUCACUUUAAGACUUCCAACCAAGAUAUGACAACAGUUGAGUAUAGGCUUAACAAGAUUGCCGAGACUGGCCUGCCCCUGUGGAUUACAGAGCUGACAGUUGACGAUCACAACGAGGCUAACAAGGCGGACCAACUAGAGAAUCUCCUAACCCUGUACUUCAGUCAUCCAUUGGUUGAGGGCGUGCUGCUAUGGGGAUACUCCGAUUUACACGUGUACAGUCAGGGGAUUGCAUUAGCACAUGGUCCCAAUUGCACGCCGAAUGCAGCAGGAACAAGAUAUCAACAGCUCUAUAGAAAAUGGCGGACCAACAUGACCAGCAGCCUUCACAACCAAACAAUACGUGGAUUCAAGGGAGACUACACACUCUUGAUAACAUCGCACGGAAAUACAAUAGAGACAAAGUCGUUUACAUUAACCGACGCGACAACAACGGUGUCUGUCCAUCUGUCAGGAAGUGCCUCUCACGUGCAUUCCAGUACCGUCAUAACCUAAACAAUGAUAUGUCUUGGGGAGAUAACUGCAUCAGCUGGACAAUGGCGUAACAUUGUAUUGUUUUCUUAUUUCAAAUAAAGAUUAUCAAUUGUUA